GGCCCGCCCCCCCCCCCGCCAGGCCCGCCGCCUCCUCCAGGAGCCCCGCCUCCUCCACCAGCACCCCCCCUGCCUGUUGGACUGUUCUCCCCCACAGAGGACCGUCCCCUCUCAGGCCUGGCCGCUGCCCUCGCCGGAGCCAAGCUGCGCAAAGUGCCAAGGAGUGAAGAAGCAGCUCUGGCAGCAGCGAUAUCAGGAGCAACGGGGGCCAAAUCUGAAGCCAGAGGCAAUGGUCCUCUGCCCGGGGGAGGAGGUCUCAUGGAGGAGAUGAGCGCACUGUUGGCCAGAAGGAGAAGAAUUGCAGAGAAGGGCUCGUCACCUGAACCUGACCAGAGAUCAGAGGAGGGAGAAAUAAACACAACCCCAAAAAUGUCAGCCUGUAGCACACCAGAUAUGCCCAGAAAGCCAUGGGAAAGAACAAACACCAUGAAUGGUAGCAAAUCUCCCGUCAUUGGAAGAAGAGAGUCUCCGUGGAGAUUUCCCAUGGGAGCAGAUUCCUCCAACAGACCUAAAUCCACUCCUACACCUACUGCAUCCUUAACUGCCAAUGGUGUGCCAACAGAAACGGUGGACUACGACAGACUGAAGCAGGUAGAAAAACACACAUUUCACGCGCGCGAGUGGCGAGUUCAAAAUUUAUCGUUUGCACUGCAAAGUACUACGAAGUGAAGCGUGUAUCGUAUCUAUAUAAUUUAUACUGUUUAUAUUCAGUCAUUACUUUUAAACUUUUUCUAUAUAGUACGUACUAUAACUACUGUAAGUAUACACUCCAUACUGUUAUAAUGCAGUGUUUACCA